ACUCCUGCUUUAGGAUGUUAAGAGCCAAGGUUGUAGAACUGUUCGGCUUCAUGGCCCUUGUUUUGUCUUUUUUUCCUGAUGCUUGUAUGGCUCAUUGCGUCCCUUCUUCCUGUGGAAACCUUCCUAUAAGGCCCCCUUUCCGACUAAAAGGUGAUCCUAUCAAGUGUGGUGACUCAAAGUAUGAACUAGUUUGCGAGAAUAACCGCGCCACGUUGCUCACCAGUUCAUGUGGAAAGUUCUUUGUGGAGGAUAUCUCUUAUGAGAACGAGACAGUUCGACUGCUAGAUGCCAGUCUCCAUAGGAAUAAAUGUUCCUUUCCCUGCUCCCUUCUUCUUACGUUUCCAUGUGGGUCUGAGUAUCGAUUUAGCUAUAUUACUGAGAAUAGCAUCAUGUAUGUUCUAAAUUGCAAUAUGAGGAUGAACUCAGCACUCUAUGUGGAUGCCUCUAAUGGCACCAAUGGCACUUCCUCUCCACACACCUACUUUUUUCUUUUCAAAGAUUCCCAAACACAGGUUUCGGAUUUCAAUGAAUCAUGCAGAAUUGAAGCCCAGUUUCCGAUCAUGCUAUCCAAUAUCUCAGGCCUCUCUGCUUCUGAUAUUUACGAUAAUCUGCUAAGGGGCUUGGAACUGAGUUGGGAUUGGUUCGACUACAAUGACUCGCACUGCCGUUGGGGUUGGCGUGAGAGGAUGUAAGUUUUCAAUAUUUUCUUAAUUUUUAUUUUUUUCUGAAGUACUUUUAACGAAACUCUAUUUAGGAUAUUAUAAUUAACUUUAAUAAGAGCAUGCUCACAUAUGCUUGAAGUCUCAGAAAUGAUGAUUUAUGAGUUCCACUUUCUGAUGUACUAAGUAAUACAGAAUCAUAAUCUAGCAAUAGAAGAGUUGAAUUUCC